AUGAUAGGAGUAGAAGUAAAAUUAGGCGAUAUUAGUGUUGUUAGUGCUAUUAGUGAUGAUAGCAGCUAUGAUAAUGCAGAUAUACAUAACAAUGUUCAAUUUGCUACAAACGUCGAAUCAUCAACGCUAGCCUCAGCUGCUGACUUGCUUAAAAGCUCUGAAAUUUGCGAAGUUUCUGAAGUUUGUGAAGUUUGUGAAGUUUUUGAAGUUUUUGAAAUUUGUGAAAUUAGCAAGCUACCAGCAGACAAAUCUUUCUCAAAUCUCCAUGUUAGUGAAUUAAUGGCCAGAGUAACUACCAACGACUGGUCAGUUUACUGCUUUUAA